AGAGAGGGAAAACAACAGUCCAUAAGUGGAUCGAGAGCCCCAUCAGCUCAAAGGCAUCACAGGCACGCGCAUCUCUCAGCUGGAGCGCAUCAUCUGUCCAUUCCGCCACUCACUCACCGCGCGUGAUAUGUGAAGGUGUAACGCUCAUAUGUGUGAUUUGUCCAUGUCCCGAGACCCGAAAUAUCUGGACGAAAUGCUUUCAAUAAGGUGGAUUGUUGGAGAUUUUGUAUGGAGGCAGCGGGACACCUCCCCAUAGUUCGACGUAGAGUCUCUCUGAAGAGUGCGCGAGAGACCGACACCAGAGUUGCCGCGGCACGGAUUGAGGACCAUCUGCUGAUUUUCCCCAACAAUCUGUGUUUUAGAGGGAUAACCGAUUCUCAAACGCGUCAGUUUCUGGCAAUAAGAGCUUUUAGAGCUUUUCUGGAUAACAUACUACAAUACUGCUUGUUUCGUGCGGGUCGCUGAGAGCUGAACUACACCACCAGGUGCCCCUGCUUAAUCACUGGACGACAAUUAAUACGGCAGAAUGUGUUUCUCUCCUUUUGGACUGCUCUCAAUUGCAUCUAAUGAAAUAUUUGCUCGGGACCACACAGGAUGAAAUGGACAUCAGCACUGCAAUAAAUUAGCCAAACUGAAAUUCAGCGAGAAGUCUCAUCUGAGCUAUAGGAGUACAUACAUUUAUGUAUUCUGAUUAAAUCAGACAACGUUUGUUAGAUCGCCUGGCAUCUCACUGACUGUGUGAAGUCUGGAAUACAAGAAUAAAUGAACCUGAGUGGACAGACAGAGAAUUAACAAUAUCCAACAUGUUUAAACGGGGCUGUGGGCUGGAGUUCCUGCUGGUACUCUGUGGGCUGGAGCUCUCCUGGUCCUGCCCACGUCACUGCAUUUGCUACAUGGCCCCCAGCACCGUCAGCUGCCAAGCCCACAACUUCCUGUCCGUCCCGGAAGGCAUUCCUCCACACAGUGAGCGCAUCUUCCUCCAAAACAACAAGAUCCAUCGUCUACUACGGGGCCACUUUAGCCCUACCACGGUCACUCUGUGGAUUUACUCCAACAAUAUCACAUAUAUCGAACCAACUACUUUCCAAGGGUUCACCUUGCUGGAGGAAUUGGACCUGGGAGACAAUCGCCACCUACGUUCACUGUCUGCAGAAACCUUUCACGGGCUGGGCCGGCUCCAUGCCCUCCAUCUAUACCGCUGUGGCCUCAGUGCACUGCCGAAUAACAUCUUCCAGGGUCUCCGCAACCUCCAGUAUCUGUACUUGCAGGACAACCAUUUGGAGUAUCUGCAGGAUGAUCUUUUUGUGGACAUACACAACUUGAGCCACCUGUUUCUUCACGGGAACCGUCUGUGGAGCCUGCACCAAAAUACAUUUAGAGGACUGGGGGCUUUGGACCGGCUGCUACUGCACCACAACCAACUUCAGUGGGUGGACCGCCUGGCAUUCCACGACCUGCAGCGGCUUACUACCCUCUAUUUGUUCAACAACUCCUUGACAGAGCUAGCUGGAGAGUGUCUCACCCAGCUGCCUGCACUGGAGUACCUUCGCCUCAAUGACAACCCUUGGGAGUGUGACUGUAAGGCUUUAUCACUGUGGGACUGGCUCAAAAAGUUUCGGGGGUCCACAUCGUCAGUGGGUUGCAUGGCACCGGCAGAACUGGCAGGCAAAGAUCUGAAGCAACUGAAGAACGAGGACUUCCCGAAUUGUUCCGGAUCUGAGUCCCUGCACCAGAGUAAGACCAAGACUUGGGCAGGAACAGAUAAGGUCUCACUGAAGCAGGACCCCCAUCCUGCCCAGCCUCCACAAACGCACCCACACCACCCCCAACUGAAUGAACAAUACCCUUCCCCUCCCUCUCCCCUGCCCCAGCCACCCCCUGCCAUAAAUGGUGUCCAAGCAGGAACGGGAGGGUCUCUGGGCAUAGUCCCUGCUCAGAGGCCCGGCCGCUCUCGGAACUGCACACGCCAACGUGUCAGGGGCAGCAAGGGAAAAGGACCUAACGAGGUCCACACCUUAAAGGAGAUGGCAGAUAAGGAAUACUCCUCUCCCGAUUUCACAGGGAAAUAUGAUGAAACAUCUUCUGAUGGUUCAAACACCCGCAGAAAGCACAAAUGUACCCCCCGGACCUCUGUGCGUCCCCCUAGUGGGGUCCAGCAAGCCACCAACUGGGGACACUCUCAUCAUACACAUUUCUUUCUCUCUAGUAUUCUGGGACUGCUUGUGCUCAUUCUGCGCUGAACUCUGAUGCUGGACCAUCAUGGCAUCAUGGAUACGCCGCAGUCUUCAGAUCAGCUCUAGCUCCAGCAUUACCAGGCCUACUAAUGUGUGUAUGUUUGUGUGUGUAUGUGUGAGUGAUAAUGUGUACUACAUUGUAUAAGGAGCUUUGCCAUUUACACUGAAAUAGAUGAAAACUGAACACCGGAUGAUAUAAACUCCAAAUUUGGGUUGGGGAAUAAGAAGAAUAGUGAAGCAAACCGAAUAUGCUUGCACUGCCACUGUUGUUGUUCUUAUUUUUUAUUUCCCCCCUCCCCCCCAUUUCAUGUUGGUCUGGUCUCCCCCUCUAAAUGGAAAACAAUUUCAAUGAAAGAAAGCACAGAGAUGACCAAAUAAAGGUGUAGAAAGAAUGCAUAAUAGGAGGCACAAGUUAGCAACAUAAAUGGAGAUUGUGUUUAGAAAGCAUGUCCUACUGCUUCAUUUUUCUUCAACAUUUCUAACAACAAAACAAACAUAUAGGAGACUAUCAAAUGGAA